GGAACAUUCUGGAUGGGAGUUUCGAGAAACGUGUCCUCCAAGUAUAAAAAGACUGAAGCAGGCCUACAGAUCUGUAGAUAGCACUCAAAAGAGAGCGCACAACAGACAAGACACUAGAAGAUUCAACACGAGCCGAGUGUACCCUCAUACUCAAGAAGAUUCAUAUAUCAAUUCAUAAAGAAUCCAUUUGAAAAGAUGCCUGAGAAAGCUGCCCAGCCCAUGAUGGAGGAAGAUGUGGAGACUUUUGCCUUUCAGGCAGAAAUUGCUCAGCUGAUGUCUCUGAUCAUCAACACCUUCUAUUCUAACAAGGAAAUCUUCCUCAGGGAACUUAUCUCUAACUCCUCUGACGCUUUGGACAAGAUCAGAUAUGAGAGCUUGACAGAUCCAAGCAAACUUGAUUCCUGCAAGGAUCUGAAGAUUGACAUCAUUCCUGACUUGAAGGAGCGUACCCUGACCAUAAUUGACACUGGCAUUGGCAUGACCAAAGCCGAUCUCAUCAACAACUUGGGAACCAUCGCCAAGUCUGGAACCAAGGCAUUCAUGGAGGCUCUGCAGGCUGGAGCCGACAUCUCUAUGAUUGGCCAGUUUGGUGUGGGUUUCUACUCAGCCUUCCUGGUAGCUGAGAAAGUCACAGUCAUCACCAAACACAAUGAUGAUGAGCAGUAUAUCUGGGAGUCAGCAGCAGGGGGUUCCUUUACAGUGAAGCCUGAUUGCAGUGAGCCACUCGGUCGAGGCACAAAAGUGAUUCUUCAUCUGAAGGAGGACCAGUCAGAAUAUACUGAGGAGAAACGUAUCAAGGAGGUUGUUAAGAAGCACUCUCAGUUCAUCGGCUACCCAAUCACUCUCUUUAUUGAGAAGCAGAGAGAAAAGGAAGUUGAUCUAGAAGAAGGAGAGAAGGAGGAGGAGGUUCCAGCUGGUGAUGACAAGGAUAAGCCCAAGAUUGAGGAUGUAGGAUCUGAUGAGGAUGAAGACAGCAAAGAUGGCAAAAACAAAAGGAAGAAGAAGGUCAAGGAAAAGUAUAUUGAUGCCCAGGAGUUGAACAAGACCAAGCCUAUCUGGACCCGUAACCCUGACGACAUCACCAAUGAGGAAUAUGGAGAAUUCUACAAAAGCCUUACUAAUGACUGGGAAGAUCACCUUGCAGUCAAGCACUUCUCAGUAGAGGGCCAACUGGAGUUCCGCGCUUUGCUAUUUGUUCCACGAAGAGCAGCUUUUGACCUCUUUGAGAGCAAGAAGAGGAGAAACAACAUCAAGCUCUAUGUGCGCAGAGUCUUCAUUAUGGAUAACUGCGAAGAUCUAAUGCCCGAAUAUCUUAAUUUUAUGAAGGGUGUGGUGGACUCUGAGGAUCUGCCACUAAACAUUUCCAGAGAGAUGCUACAGCAGAGCAAGAUUCUCAAAGUCAUCCGAAAGAACCUCGUCAAGAAGUGCCUUGAGCUCUUCACUGAACUCUCUGAGGAAAAGGACAACUACAAGAAGUUCUACGAGCAAUUCUCCAAAAAUAUCAAGCUUGGUAUCCAUGAAGAUUCUCAGAACCGGAAGAAGCUUUCAGAGCUUUUGCGCUACUAUACUUCCAACACUGCAGAUGAGAUGGUGUCUCUGAAGGACUAUGUCUCUCGCAUGAAGGACAACCAGAAGCACAUCUAUUACAUCACUGGUGAGACAAAGGAACAGGUGGCCAACUCUGCCUUUGUGGAACGGCUGCGCAAAGCUGGCCUGGAGGUGAUCUACAUGAUUGAGCCCAUUGAUGAGUAUUGUGUUCAGCAGCUAAAAGAAUAUGAUGGCAAAACCCUGGUGUCAGUGACCAAGGAGGGUCUGGAGCUGCCUGAGGAUGAAGAGGAAAAGAAGAAGCAGGAAGAUCUUAAAAACAAAUUUGAGAACCUUUGCAAGAUCAUGAAAGACAUAUUAGAUAAAAAGAUUGAAAAGGUUGUUGUAUCCAACCGCCUGGUUGCCUCCCCCUGCUGUAUUGUGACCAGUACAUAUGGCUGGACAGCCAACAUGGAGAGGAUCAUGAAGUCUCAAGCGCUGAGGGACAACUCCACCAUGGGCUACAUGACAGCCAAGAAACACCUGGAGAUCAACCCUCUGCACCCGAUUAUUGAGACCCUUAGAGAGAAGGCAGAGGCUGACAAGAACGACAAAGCUGUGAAAGACCUUGUGAUUCUGCUGUUCGAGACUGCCUUGCUGUCUUCAGGAUUCACCCUGGAGGACCCACAGACACACGCUAACCGUAUCUACAGGAUGAUCAAACUUGGUCUCGGCAUUGAUGAUGAUGAUUCGGCUGUGGAGGAUAUUGUCCAGCCUAGCGAGGAGGACAUGCCAGUUCUGGAGGGUGAUGAUGAUACGUCCCGAAUGGAGGAAGUUGACUAAGGUUUUGUCUACAUGUAGCACACAAAAAAAAAUAAAAAAAAAUAAAUCAAUGUAUUUAACAGGAAAAACAUUCUUAUGUCAAUUAGACUUUGUAACAGGGAUAAUCAGUUUGUAACUAGUCUAUUUAUUCUUAUUCUUCUUCUUAUUAUUAUUUAAUUUCGUUAUGUUAAUAUUUUAUGCUUCUUGUUUGACUUGUUCAUUGGAAAUUUGAAGUUUCUGCUGUUUUUUAACCACUUUUUUUUUUAAAUCGUUUAUGGAACUCAAUAUUUCUAAUAAAAUAUCAUUUAUAAACCAAUAAA